UGUGAGUUGGCAUUGAGAAAAUGAAGCUUCAAAUUUAUGUGUUAUUAUCCCUUUUUCUGACCACACUUGUCUUUUGCAGUGGCAAAACUUUGGACUACGAUGAGUUGAUAAGCGUGAUUGCCAAAAAUACAGAAACCAUUCGUAAGUUAGAAGACAAAUUGAAUGGCCAUGAAAUGUUACAUGUUGUACAUAAUAAAGCAAUUAUUGAGCAGCGGGAGCAGAUCAGUAUUCUGAAAAAUACCAUCAAAAGCCAAAGAAAGACACUUAAUGGUCAUGGAAAUCAAUUAGCAGAUAUUCAAAACAAAUGUAGACAGUUCAAAAGGGCAGACGGCGAUACAUCAACAUCGUCUAACUCAAGCGAUCCUGCCUUUUAUGUUUACUUAGAGGCACCUGAAACCAAUCCUAAAUCAAACAUGGUAGUUAAGUUUGAUACACCAAUCACAAAUAUAGGUGGAGCCUACAGCAUCGAGAAAGGUCUAUUUACCGUCCCAAAGAAAGGAGUGUAUGUGUUCUCCUGGACUAUUGUUUCAUCCGAUCGUGGUGUGAUUUUCACUCAAAUCGUCGUUAAUAGUGAGCCAAUAGGAAGCAUGAUAACGCACGCUGAACAGUCAUACGAUUUCCAUACAACAACUACUGUGGCUGUUAAAGAACUCAAUCAAGGCGACGUCGUAUUUAUUCGCACAAAUCCGCAUUCUCGUGCUCUUGGAUAUAUCAACAGUGGGGUACAUUUCAGGUCCUCUUUCAGUGGAUGGUCAUUAAAGUGA